AUGAAGGCAUCCAUAUCUGUAUCCGCUGCAACGCCUAACAAAGGAAAAGGGUCGCCAGAUUCCCUUCCAUCGAUAGCUACCACAUCGGUCACAUCCUCUGAAGGUGAGAGUUACGAUCGCAUGUCACCUCGAGUCCUAUUCAAGCACUCGAACAAUGACACGACAAAGGAGGUCGUCGAAAACAUUCAAACAAUGAUCGAGAGCAAGAAUUCAAUGGUGGAAAAGAAGACCAAUGGAGUUGCGGCGUUGUCCAUCUCAUCGUCGGCUUCCACCGAGGUUGCCGCGUGGAAUCUGAGUCCAGCAACACCAAGCGAUCCGAACAAGAAGGGAAAGCCUGCAACAACCAGGACAAUUUCCAAUUCGGGAGUUUCGACUGUCAAUUCUUCCGACGAUGAAGAUGAAGAGACAGUGGAUGGCUCAGUUGGGGCCUUUCCCACAUCUGAAAUGCGCAAGCUUAACAAGAAAACGACUCAAGCAGCUGUUUCCAAGGCCUCAAAAGCAAGCAAGAUGGUUAGCAUUCCUUCUAUUGCGCCUUCGAAAAAACCUUCAAUCAUUAUGGAAGAUCCACCAGAGGACACUGUAACUUGCAACCGAGCCGCCAUGUCCAUGACGCCAAAGCAGCUUACUGAAAUCUUCAACUCGUUUGAUGGAAACAAAACGAUUUGGUCUAUGCGGGAGCAGUACUCUGCUCAAGAUCCUAAUGACACAUCCAAAGAAGAAGCAUCUAACUCCCCUACUUCCAUGGCUGCAGAAACUGUCCGCUCGACUGCCGCCCGGUGGAUGGACGGAUGGAUGCCGCAGAACGAAGACUUGGUAAGAGAGCUCGAAGCACUCAAGGAAGUUCUUGAGGAUAAUUCGAACAAGAUGCUGAAUCUUCGUGAAGCAGUCGAAACUCAGCGAGCACUGAAUGCAUUGAAGGAGGUCGAGAUUGAAGACAAGGAACAGGAACUUCAAGCGACGAGGACGGAGCUCGAAGAUUUGGCCCAUCAGAAGGAGCUUUUUAUCGAACGCGAACAGGAGCUGCUGGAAACUAUUGAAGAGUUGACAGAUAGGGUGGACGAUCUUAUUGAAAAGAAUUGUAACGCUGAGAAUCGCACCGAAUCGGCUCAAAGUGGCCCUGUCACCAGUGCUGAAUUGGAACCUUUUGAUGAGCCCAAAGCUCGGCCUUCAUUUGGUAUCGAUCCGGAGCCGUUCGAUGAAGCGGAAGACCGUGCUACUUGUAUCCGAAGGCAGGAUUCUCUCAUUGCUGGACUUCGUAACACACUGAAGGCGAAGGACAAGGAAAUCUUUCUAUUGAAAGAGCAUGUGGAAGAAACUUCGACGAAAAAUGCUAUUCACGAUUUUUAUAUGAAGGAUUCUGCUGCUGCAUUGAAAGCAAAAGACGGGGAAAUUCUCAGCUUGAAAGCUCGCCUUGAAGUAGCAUUGGCUGAGAAUGCAAAGAACGAUGCCGAUAAGAUUGAGAGUCGUGAUUUGGCUGUUUCAGAAUCAGACGAAGAGAAGUUGGAUUCGUCUCCUUCCGAAACGGAUGAAAUUCGUGACGGCAUCUCGAGUGAUGGAAGUGAGGAUACUCUGGAAGAGACACAUGGUGAGGAAUUCAGUGACACCGCGAGCCUCAAAUCUGCUAUCGAUCAAGAGAAUGCUCCUCCUUCUCCACCACCAACGGCUCCAACGGGACUGGUUGCUGCUUUAUGCAAGAAACUGGAGACGGAAGGCAGUGAAUCUGAGAAACCUAUUACCGCAAGGGCGUUCCCGAUUGACCGUAUCGAAGAGGUGCGAAUGCCGUUGGAGCAAAAGAAGCCAAUCCCAACAACACGUGGCCGCUCGCCAACCCCUGUCUCAGAAUGCUCAACGGAAGAAGAAAUGGCAGCCUCGCCCAAUCCUGUUCCACCGACUCCUCAAGCUUCCCCGGUGGCAUCGGAGGAUCUAUUAAGUGUCAUUGCAAACCUCUCGAAGCGGAUCGAUGCUGUGGAAUCGGAAAGUCGUGGGAGUUCUUGUACCGACGUAUCACGCAAGGCAAAUUGUGAACUUUCGAUCGUCGUUGUGAAAGGACAAGAGAACGAUGACCCAAGAAGGAUAGACUUUGAGAACGAGGAAUGUCCCGGGACGAUUGAGGUCAUGCUGGAAGGUCAAAGUUAUGGCGGUUUUGAUGCACAAAGACAACACGCAGGUGAGAAGGCAGUUUCUGACGAAGAAGACAAAGAUUCUUGUUGCUGCUGGAGCGUAGCUGUGACAGGUGACCUUGAAUAA